CAAUACUUUUUCUUACAUGAGAACCGGACAAUUGCGAAUAAAAUAUUUUAUAGCAACUAUGGCGUUUCAACUAUAACCCUAAACUCUGGAAAAAAAGUUAUAACCCUAAACUUUAAAAUAAUUUUAUUUUGUCACUAUGUUUUUUUAUCUACUUUCCGUGACAUUAUGAUUGAUUUUUCUCCCUAUCCUUUUUACUUUUAUCUCCUUUUCCGAACCGAUGACGGAGUGUGGCAUUACAUUGGGUAACAGUAAAAACCUGCUCUGAAGGCCGGAACUUUUUCUUUAUAAAGUUGUUCUAGAAUUUUCAAUUUUUUCGUAUCUCUGAUUCAUAUCACGAAUUCACGAUGGAGGACCAUGAGGACCAAACUCACCCACUUCUCACGCCGCGACACCACACACCGGACCCCGCCGUCGUCUUCACGGCGAAAUCCGAUGACAUCGCUCCGAUCGCCGGCGCCGGCGACUUCGCCAGAGAGUUCUUCGCCGAGUCGAAGAAGCUCUGGUACCUCGCCGGCCCCGCCAUCUUCACCUCCGUCUGCCAGUACUCCCUCGGCGCCGUCACCCAAGUCUUCUCCGGCCACGUCAGCACCCUCGCCCUCGCCGCCAUCUCCAUUGAAAACUCCGUCAUCGCCGGCUUCUGCCUUGGCAUCACUUUUGGAAUGGGAAGCGCGUUGGAAACGCUAUGUGGACAAGCGUACGGAGCGGGGCAAGUGCACAUGCUGGGCGUGUACAUGCAGCGCUCGUGGGUGAUCCUGAACGCCACCGCGAUCCUGCUGACGCUCCUCUACAUCUUCGCGGCGCCGCUGCUGCGGGCGAUAGGGCAGACGGAGGCGAUUUCGGCGGCGGCGGGGGAUUUCGCGGUGUGGAUGAUCCCGCAGCUGUUCGCGUACGCGGUGAACUACCCGGCGCAGAAGUUCCUGCAGGCGCAGAGCAGGAUCAUGGUGAUGGCGUGGAUUGCGGCGGCGGCGCUGGUGCUGCACACCGUGUUCAGCUGGCUGCUCAUGCUGAAGCUCCGGUGGGGGCUCGUCGGCGCUGCCGUGGUGCUGAACGCGUCGUGGUGGUUCAUCGACCUUGCGCAGCUCGUUUAUAUAAUGGGUGGGGCCUGCGGGGAGGCCUGGUCUGGCUUUACCUUCAAAGCCUUUCACAAUCUUUGGGGCUUUGUUCGUCUCUCUCUUGCCUCUGCUGUCAUGCUCUGCCUUGAAGUGUGGUAUUUUAUGGCCCUCAUCCUCUUCGCUGGAUAUUUAAAGAAUGCAGAGGUUUCGGUCGAUGCCUUGUCCAUCUGCAUGAACAUAUUGGGAUGGACCAUCAUGGUAUCCUUUGGAAUGAACGCAGCCGUAAGUGUGAGGGUGUCAAAUGAACUAGGAGCAUGUCACCCAAGAACAGCAAAGUUUUCACUUCUUGUUGCUGUGAUUACUUCAACUCUGAUCGGUGUCAUGCUCUCGAUGGUGCUGAUAAUCUUCCGGAACCAGUACCCUUUCUUGUUUUCAAAUGAUUCAGAAGUGAGAAAGAUUGUGGUAGAGCUCACGCCCAUGUUGGCCCUUUGCAUUGUCAUCAACAACGUGCAACCCGUUCUCUCAGGUGUUGCUGUUGGCGCAGGGUGGCAGGCUGUGGUUGCUUACGUGAAUAUUGCUUGUUACUACUUUUUCGGUAUUCCUCUGGGUCUUAUUUUAGGGUACAAGCUUGACAAGGGGGUCAUGGGGAUUUGGUCUGGAAUGUUGUUAGGAACUAUCUUACAAACGUGUGUUUUAUUCUUCAUGGUCUAUAGAACAGAUUGGAAUAAAGAGGCAUCCCUUGCGGAAGAUAGAAUAAAGCAGUGGGGUGGGCAUGAAGAUUCAAAAACGCAUGCUAUAGCGAAGAAUGAUCAAGAAACAUGAAAAUUUGAAAAUUCUAGAAGCAGGGUGUACCUUCUUUUAUUGAUUUUUUUUCAAGCCAUGACUUAGUUGUUUGCUGUUUCUCUUUCCCAUGGAUCAGGUGGACGAUCCUGCAUUCAUUUUUUUCCUUAAAAAAUAAAUGAGUAAUGUUAUGUUUUUCUUAAUAA